GUAACGGGAAAAUGGCUGCCUGUAUACAAGUCGCGCAAAAGACUUCAGUCAAUCGACUGAUUCCCCCGCUUUAUAUGUACUGGAAGCGGGCAAUGAAGCCAGGAAAUACUUUACCAGACAUUGAACUUUAUGAUGGAUCUCCCUCCAGUCCUGUUAAUGUGAGGGAGCUGUACAAGGGAAAGAGAGGGGUGUUGUUUUCGGUGUUAGGAGCCUUUACACCUGGCUGUUCUCAGGCCCAUAUUCCUGAUUAUCUCUCAAACUAUGAACACUUUAAGGACGAAGGCUAUGACUUGAUCUCCUGCGUCGCUGUAAAUGACCCAUUUGUGAUGGAUGCUUGGGGUAAAAUGGUCAACCCAGAUGGGAAAAUAAAGAUGUUAGCAGACCCAAGAGCAGAGUUCACAAAGGCCAUGAAUAUGGAACUCGACUGCACAAAACUGAUGGGAAAUGUGAGAUCUAAAAGGUACUCUCUGGUGAUUGAAGACAGUAUCAUCAAAAGUUGUAACUUGGAGCCAGAUCACACAGGACUUGCCUGUCUGCUGUGUAUACAGAACAUAAAACUUGGAGAGCUACAUCACUGAGGGUCCAUACACACCAGAUCCUGAUCUGUAACUGAUGGGAGCUGAUCCAGAGCUGAUCUGUAACUUUCAAAGGCUGAUCUAGACCUGAUCUGUAAUUGAUGGUAGCUGAUUCAGACCUGAUCUAUAACUGACACAAACUGAAUGUGGCUGUUCCAAUGUGAGCUUGUGUUAAAAUUGAGAAAAAUGAAUAUGGAGAUCAAGUAAUGCUGAAUCCACAAAGUAUGAGAGAAAACAGCAAGGGUUGAAAUAUUAUACAAGAGAAAAGUACAGAGAUUUCAUUUUAGCUCUUGCUGGUUCAUUCUUUGUAUUCAUCAUACGGUAUCCAUAUUCUUAUGUCAUUGCCACAUGUACCGUUACUAUGUCAACUAACACCUCACAUUUUCCAGGUACAUUUCUGCACAUGUUUAAAUGCUGACAAUUAGCUUUCAAAGUUACUAGAUGAAUCUUCUUUUUGAGUUCUACAGAUCUAAUGCAUCUACAGCUUAUGAAUAAGCAACCAGUGGACUGUUUUGUGAGUUGUUUGUAACUCUAUACAUGUAUGUAGUCUUGUUUUGCUAAUGUUUUACUCAUAUUUGUCUCUGUAUUGAACCUGAGCUGAGGGUAAGUGAGGGAUGUGCGUGUGUGAAUGGAUGUUAUUUAUGUGAGAAGAAUCGGAUAAUGAAGAAUGGCAUGAAUCAAAACUUAGAGAUUUUGUCGUGGUUAAUUGAGUACUUAUUGGGAUUGUUUGGAGAAAAAAUAACUCUGUUUAAUUUAGUUGAUAAGGACGGUUUUUGAAUCGUAUUGUUUAUAAAGAUUAAAAGAUCGUAAGUGGUCUUUAUUGUGAUCUGUACUGUUGUUUUGGACAAGUGUGUAUUUUCACAGCAUGCAGUAUUAGAUCUGAAAACUGUAUGAAGAUGGUGUCUUCGAUCCUCAUGAAAGUCAGAAGUGGACGAUAACUGUAAACACCCAACAGCAGAUGAUCAGGAGUGGGUGUAAAGUUCAGUAAGAUAGUUUAUUGUAAGACUGGCUGUUCUACCUUGACCUUUGUCAGAAUUUUGUCAGUUAACAUCAGCAGUUGUUUGAAUGCAUUUUAUCCAUAUAAUGGAUUAUUAUUUUUUAUUUUUUUAUACUUUUUUUUUAGGUUUACUACAGUGCUCACAGUCAUUGUCAGAGUUUAUGAGAACUACUGUAAUUCUUCAAACCCUUCGUAUGUUAGCAAGAUGUUUAUUCAAGCAUAUUCUGAAGGCAUUAUUCUGUGUGGACUCAUAAAAUUAUACUUUUUGUGAAGCUCUGAAAUCAAAUUAAAAAUGUGUAUGAAUUGCGCUGAAAGUUGCUCUUCUGUAUGGAAAAAGGUCGAGGAAUCAGGGUAGUCUUUAUAGCAACUAGUACACACCUUCAAAUGCACCUUUGCUACUGGUUUACUGAUUUUAUAGGUCAGUAAGUGGGUAGGAGUUUAUGAUUGGACCAGAUUAGCAUGUAGAAACCAUUGUAUAUAAAAAGUGCCACGACUUUAGUAAAACUCCGCAGUAGCUUUAGGAACUUGUGUGUAUAAUGUAACUGUGUAACUCUUAUUAAUACUUUCUACAUAAAGCAUUUGUCUGGACAUAGGUUAUGUUUAACUGUGGAACUGCCACAAACUCUGGUCUCAUUUAGGUUCAUAUCUAAGCACAAGAAGAAGUUAACGAGUUACAUUUUGUGCUGUAUGUGAAAAUAACAGAAUCCAUUGUUGAGAAUUCAAUCCACAUUCUUUUAAUAGCUGUGAAACCUGAUAGUUUUGUUAGGAGUGUGCAAAUCUACAACUUGUCUCAGUAAAUCAUCAGGAUUGAGCUCAUUUUUGAGCCGUUAUCAGGAGUAUAAAUAUUGAAGUAUUUUUGUUUCGACAGUUAAAGAUUAAAGGAUAUUUUAAAUAGCUAUUGCACGUGUAUACCUUUGAUAAGUGUUUGGAAGACCAAGUUCUAUAUGAAUCUUUAUACAAAUAAUUUUGAGGAAGUUUUACUGCGGAACAUAAGAUUUGCUUUGUCUUCAUUCAUUUUUAAAUAAAAUGACAACAAAAUCCAGUAUAACUCACCUAAUACUCCUGGUGGAGGGUUUGAUCUUCAGUAUUUACUGUGUACAUUACCUGUUAGGUUUUGUGUGAUGAACGUGUAAUAAGUAUGUAAGACGGUUUUGCGUCGGUGCCAUUUAACCGAAUUAAGUGGAAGCAGAAUUGAUGUAGCAUCUGACAGGUAAUCCUGUAGCCCUAAGACAACAGACCUGAUACUCCAUUCUGUAAUCAUCCCUGGUAUUGUGGGGAAAUUGUUGAUUGUAGUUCAAUGCUAUCGGUUCAGAUGAUUAAUUCAUCAAGAUAUGAACCAUUUACUGUCAGUACUGGUAUCGUACAUGUAAAGAACAAGUCCUUUUAUUUGACACUUACACCCAUCAACAAAAGUACCAUAUGUGCAAUUGAUCUAAAAGUCAACAUUAUUUUGGACACAGCUUUCAAUGCAUUUAUUUAUAAGAUCAAUGUUUGGGGAACUGCAGGUUCCUACAUAUACAUGCAAGUAGCAAGAUGCAGUGAGGAACCUGUGAAGAUCAUUCUCCAGUAAAGUUAUUUUACCCUCCAAAACUUUGUAAAAUGAAAUGUGGUACAAAUGGUGCAAUACCAACAAAAUGUCAUCGCUUAUCAAGUUCAAAUCUCCAGUAUUUACAGUGUCUACAGGCCUACAUGCUAUUGUAUGAUGCCCUCUCAGGUUGGACAGUGACAAAACUACAAAGGCCACUGAUCGGAGAGUACCCUAAAUGACCAUAAAUUUUGUCCAUAACUAACUUACUCAUUUUUCCUGAUUCUGAGGGUUCUGUUGAUUUUAGAAAGGUGUUUUUAAGGUUUGCUUGGAACAUAGAAUGAUAUUCUACUAGAAAGUUGUAAGUUUCACGUCAAAAAACAUUAUUUUGUGACAUUAAUUUUACCUCGAAAAAUACACUUUUGUGGGUUAUUUAGGCUAGUUUAGGUUUUACUUGUGAACUGGCUUUUCAAAAAAAAAGUACAAAGUCUUACAUAAUUGGAUGUUACUAAAUCAUAUCUACCGGUAGUAGGCCUACAGAUAUGUCAAUAUUUUCUGCACCUCUUUGGUAGGAAUUGCAAUUGGUGAUAUGGGCCUGUAUUUUCCCAUACUGCUAAGCAUUGUGUUUUCUACCCGUAUGACCUUAGACAGUUCCUCUCCACACUAAUGCAUGCAAUGCUGCCAGGUGGAGUCAUGUUAUUAAGUGGUUUACUGUAGCUAUCCGGAUCAUCUAGGUUAUCUCUGGUCAAAACCAGAUAAACUUUAACACGUUUUUAGGUCAAACAGGAUUAUUCCAGGUGUUGUGUUGAAGUGGUUGGUCUUGCCAGUGCAUUAAAGUCGUAUUUUCUGCAUAAUAUAUGUAUGUACUUUUCUAUGCAAUAAUAAACAAUCCUUGUUACCUAUUUUAA